UUAUUUUAUUAUGUAAAAUGUCAAGUUACUGCCGAAUGCAAGAAGCUCAUUUCCGCUCCUUAAAUAUGUACAGGAGAAAUUAAUUAGACGCUUAUGCGAUUAAUGAAUUGAACUGUCGUCGAGCUACGUUCGUUGAAAUUUGUUACGAGAAAUUUCGUUUAAGAAUACUUCCUGUCAGUCUUUUUGCAUACGGCGCAGGUUAGGAUUGAUGAUGUAAUAUCGAGUUCCAGGGAUUUCAUUUUCGAUGUGAAAUUUAAAAAUUGUACAAAAAUUUCGAAAGGAAGACCGAUGAUGAGAUGUGUAAGAUUUCAGAGGGAUAAGAAACAUUGGAAUGCGAGAGAAGAAAAUAUGACAGCAAAUGAGAACAAUAAGAAUAAUGACAUCUCUUCUGAAAAGUAUGGCGAAUCCGCAGUCUCCAAUCAUGCCACGCCAGUUUCAAACAGACAAGGCACAAACAAUGCUGAAGAGUCGCUGGAGCCUGAUCUUUACUCGAGUCCAGUCUUGCCUCCAUGUACGCAGGAGGGUGGUAAUGAGGUUGCGUGGGAUUGGCAGAACUCCCUGAGCAAGACUCCGGAGAGCAGAAACAAAAAGCGAAAUCUCCACUGCGAGACACCUAAGGGGACCAAGCUGUUGCAGAAGAAAAGGAACUCGGAUUCGCCUUUAUUGUACAAGCCGAUCAAAAGAAAGACCAUUAAUAUGGAAAACAGGGAACACUUUGGACAAUUUGCAGCUGAGUUGCAAGCAUUAACGGAAAAAAUGAGUGUUAUAAAGCACAAUGAUCAGAAUCAUUUAGAUAAUCAAGUCGAAAAAGAAGAAGUGCCGAUCUUAGCAGACACAAACUUCGAAGAAGAAGUGCCAGCGAUUGAAGAUAAGCAGAAUUGCAUUGGAGAGAUCAAUGAUCAUGAAGAGAACGAUACUAUUAUUAAGAAAGAAGCGAAAUAUGAUGAUUUAUUCGAUGAUUCGAUAGACGAUGAUAUGAUUAGAUGCACUCAAGAGAUAGAGGAGAAACUGAAAUCGGUGGCGGACAAAGGAAAUUCUACGCAUUCAGAGUCAAGUAUCAAGAAGGAUGAAUUGUAUGAGAAACCUUGCAACUAAAAUGCAUUCGAUAAGUAUGCCGUACAAUCUACUUCCAAUGACAAUUUUAAAGAAUUAUCAGCUGAAAAUCUCUUCCACAACGACACAUAUAAGAAUAACACAUUGAAGACAUACUCAAAGUUAGCAAACAGGAAUUCAAACUCUAGUAUACACAUCACAGAAUGGACGGAUAAAAAUAAUCUGUAUAAACUGUGUGAGAGUAACAGCAACAUGAUACAUUCCAGCAUCAGAAGCACGUGCGACAAUAAAAAGUUGUUGUCGAAGACUAAAGCUACAAAAUCAUUCGACUUUCCCGACGAUUCUUUCGACGAUUGUUUAGCGGCCUGCAUCGACGACGAUAAAUCCUGGAGGUUCGAUUCUUUAGUUUGUAGAAACCAAAGUACGAAGUUCGAAGCUAGUUUCGAACGUCUGGCUCGCGCGCCCUUGAAAAUGGAAGCCCAUUCCCUGAAGGGAAACCCUCAGUUUCCCUCCACGAAGGGCGAAGUGUCCAACGCCAGCUCGACUGAUAAAAAGUUCUUUAAGACCAAGAGUCUUUCCGAUCACUACCUUAAUCAGAACAAAUCGAACGCGACGAGAUCCACGUUGGCCCUGAAUUCGACGGCCAAAAGCUCGACGAUAACGUGUAGAAAUGUGACGCGUGGCUCCGUAAGUACAAAUCCGAUUGUUACAGCAACAGGUGACCGUAAGGUCGCGGAAAAUCAUACAAUUUCGUUAAUGCGCGGCGCGGAUCAAACGCGUCCGAAUGGCUCCGAUGAUGUUAACAGGUGCACAAUAAAAGGAGGAGAUGGUGAUCGUUUUGUUAGGCACCAUUCCACCGGUAAUAUGAAUAACGACGCGAAACAGGUGUCGAAGACUGGUUCGCAGCCGACUCGAUGCACCCCGGAAGAGAUCGAAAGGAAGAGGCAGCAGGCUCUGAUGAAGCUCGAAGCGAAGAGGAAGCUGUACGCCGGAAUGAAGAUUACGAAUAACGUUAAUAGGUGAAGAAGUGCCUUGAUUCUCUGUAUACUCAUUGUGCCGAAAAAGUAAUAUUAUACCGAUUCUCUUAACUAAGUAUAUAAUACUGUACAGCGUUUCGUCGACGAAACUAUAUUCCCGUUCUGUGAUCGUUAUAUUGUUAUCAUUAUUCAUCGUAAUCAUCAUUGUUACAUUGUACAAAAAUAUUUUAAAAAAAAGAGUUGCACAAAUAUAUUUAUAAUUAU